CUUGGCACUCUUGGAGCGGGGAAUCACUAUGCGGAAAUCCAGGUUGUGGAUGAAAUUUACGACAAUUAUGCUGCAAAGAAGAUGGGAGUUGAUCAUCUUGGACAGGUAGAAAAAAGGGCACUUACGUCUUAACCCUUUAACUCCCAGAUCAAUUUUGUAAUUCUCCAUACUGUCAACCAUACAAUUGUUAUGAUGUUAGUUCAGAGAAUUAAGUAUAGGAUCAACUAAUUAUCCGCAAAUUGAUAUUUUUCUUUAUUCUCAUCACUUUUCUGGUUAAUACUGUAUUGAUAUUGUAAGGAGAAAUCAAGUCUUAGUCACUCAUGGGAUCUCUGACUUGCAAGGAGUGAGGCAUGUGAGCAAUUGAAGAUCUUUUAGGAAAGCUGCUUGAUAUUUGUCUUGAGCUUGUAGCAAAUAUCUUUUCUUAGUCUCUCUCGUUACAUUUCAAACCUCAUAAUAAUUAUCUCUCACUUCUUGUGUUUAUCAAUUGUUACUCAUUCAGUUACCAACUACCACGACUACCAACUCCAACAGCAUCAACUGGGUCUCACGUAGAACUCUUUGGUUUAGGGUUAGUUUGGUUGCUAAUGAUCUUGUCAAUAAUUAUAUAAUUUAUGUUUAAAAGGUUUGUGUGAUGAUCCACAGUGGCAGUAGAGGACUUGGACAUCAAGUGGCCACUGGUAAAUGGUUUAUAUACCGUUCCUCUCUUUACGAUAGAUAAAUGAAUGUAUUAUCGACUUAACUUAUGUCUCCACAGAAGGCAAGACUUGAUUAUUUUCCAGGUGAUCGCUGUCACCCGAGUCAUGCAUUCUUGAUUUCUUCAUUUUACAGAUGCACUGGUAGAAAUGGAGAAAGCCAUGAAAAGGGACAAGAUUGAAGUCAACGACAGACAGGUUUGCUAACAGUGUAGUGCAUUUAAGUCUGUGCAUUAAGUUUGUAUUUUGUCAAGUAUUCCACGACAAUUGCACUUGUCAUGGCCGAAACUUGUAAUGACAUCUAUUAAGUGGAACUUGCUAAAGUAGAAUUUCCCCUAAGCUUUGUUUGCAGUUGCUCCAACAAGUAUUUUUAUCCAGGCAUCUAAUUUAGUAGAGUAGGGAUAACGAGCCUUGAUUAAUUUACCACAUCUACAGAAAUGAUAUCUCUAUACGUCAUUACAUGAGCAAUUGCUCCCAGUGCAAUUAUAGUUGGAUGGUUUUGGGGAAGUUUCGCUGUGAUAGGUGUAAUAUAAAUUGACUUUGUGUCUUUUCUCCGUUAUUGGUAUCUGUUGAGUCGAUUUUCACAUUGCGAUCAAUGGUCAGCGGAACGAACGGCCCAAAAAAAGCACGUGGAGAAAUAGUACGUUUUCAUUAGCGAUGGAAUCAGAGAAGUUAAGACUGUUCUCAAAACAAUGAAGUUGAAAAUCGGAUUCGCAAGCUCAACUUAGCCAGGGUAUAAGAGUUCACGUUAAAUCAUUCAUGUUUUUAGCCUGAUAAAUUUUGUCUUCUCCAAUUUCCCUUAUUUGUCGGUUUAGAACAAGGCAACUUACUGAGACAAAAGUUUUCAUGAUCAACCGUCUAAACUGCUCGCUUCUCCUAAGGAUUACGACAAACAAUCACAAUUGUAAUGUUCUACUCUAACGGGUCUGAAAUCGUAAGUUCUGAUUAGUUUAUUCUUCCCCUUAUUUGGAUGGUUCCGACGAUUUGUUUCUCGUUUUAAACACAAGUGUUGACAACCAUAUAAUUGGUUCCUUUACAGCUUGCUUGUGCCAGAGUUAACUCACAAGAAGGUCAAGAUUACCUCAAAGGCAUGGCUGCAGCAGCGAAUUACGCUUGGAUCAACCGUUCAACGAUGACAUUUUUGACAAGACAAGCUUUCGGAAAAAUUUCCAAGAGUACCCCGGACGACUUAGACAUGCAAGUGAUCUAUGACGUGUCACACAACAUGGCAAAGAUCGAAGAACAUGUAUUCUUUAUUGUUCUUACAACAAUAUCUUCAGUUCUUUGGAUUUAAAUAUAUAUAUAUAUAUAUAUAUAGAUAGAUAGAUAGAUAGAUAGAUAGAUAUAUAGAUAUAUAGAUAUAUAUAUAUAUAUAUAUAGAUAGAUAGAUAGAUAUAUAUAGAUAUAUAUAUAACUUUUGAAAUUACUUAAUUACUUACCUUAGCUAGUAGAUUAGAUAUUGGACAGUGUACAGAAGACUCUCUUAGUACGCAGGAAAGGAUCAACCCGUGCAUUUCCUCCUCAUCAUCCGCUUAUCCUAGUGGAUUAUCAGGUCGGCUAUUCACUGUUUACUACUCCUUUCGAUCGCAAGGUUUAAGGUUUAUUUUAUUUUACUUUUUUAAGUUAGAAAUCGUUGUUUGAGUGCUUACAGUCGUUCGCUCCAAGGUUAUUUUACUGGUCCAACGCUUUUCGUGUUGGGCUAUUUCUUUCCCAGUUUUAAUCGCAUUCUUCGUCACGUUCAUUCUCCCUUCCCUCCGUUUCCCUUUAAUCGCUCGAUGAUUGGAACCCGCAGAGUACCAUACUUCCUUUUGAGGGCAAGCACCUUUCUUGUUUUACUUUUACGUUCUUUUGUCUUCGGCUUCAUUUAUUCGCUUCUUCCUUGGCUCCUUUUUCUCGACUGAGGGCGCAGGUGGCUCAACAGGCAGCGUUUUGUUUCACGACUCUAAAUUAAUGAAAACUUUCUUUGCUCUUGCUGAGAUACAUGUACUCAUCGUCUUGUCCAUUAUUUUAUCAGUUGACUGGUCAACCUGUACUGAUUGGAGGAACCAUGGGCACUUUUAGGUAAGGUUAAGUGUAGGUGUAGGUAGGUAGUGUAGGUGUAGGUGUAGGUAAGUUAAAAAGUAGUCUCGGGGAAGUAACGUUCAAGGGUAUUGUUAUUAUUGUAGGUAUUUGCUAUUAUUGUUGGUGUUUUCGAUCCCUAUACAUAUAGCCUUAUGAAAAACACUUUUUCACGAGGGACGAAACUAUUGGUUAUCUUGAGCAGACAUGGAGACCCAAAUUGUUCCAUGUUUUGUUUGGUUUUCAGUUAUGUUUUGACAGGAACGGAAAAGGGAAUGAACCAGACGUUUGGUACCACGUGUCACGGAGCGGUAAGUUCAUAUAUUAUACGCAAUAUUGUUUCUUGAUUUGAAAGCAUGAUGACAUAAAAAAUGCAAAAUGACCACAGCAUAUCCUGGUUUCAAACCUUGGGUUGGAUAAGGUUUGAAACGUGUAAGCAAAUAUGUUUGUUUGUUAUGAUUUUUUUCUUUCCCAUUUUCCCAGAAAGUAUUUUGAAAUGAAUAUUUAUAUAUAUAUAUAUAUAUAUAUAUAUACAUUAUCUAUCUAUCCAUUUUUCUUCAGGGAAGGGCAUUAUCAAAAUCAAAGUCACGGUGUGUGUUAGUAGUACUAAGAAUAAAGUCAUCAGCUGGUCCAACUUGACCUAGUCAUAAACAUAGUUCCAUUCAUGCAGUUUUAAUUGUCCUUUCCAUUCUCUUUCAGCCGAAAUAUUGACUAUCAAGAAGUUCUCAAUGGUCUUAAAUCCAUAGGAAUCUCAAUAAGAGUGGCUUCCCCAAAACUGGUUAUGGAAGAGGUAACGAAUCAGUAAAUGGCACUGCAUCAAAAGCUGUUGAAAUCUUAAAAAAAGAAAAUGUGUGUUAAUUGUCUGCAUUUUUGUUCAGCUUUUUAACAGGCUCCUGAGUCUUAUAAAAACGUCACUGAUGUCGUUAACACUCGUAAG